AUGGCAUGCUACUUCACGAGUUUCCUAAUCACUUUAAGGCCGCUUGAAGAUGAGGACGAGAUCCAUCCUGUUUGAUUGUUCAUGACAUGAUCUAUCAUCUCACUCAGCCUCGUUUUUCCUCGUUUAUUUUCAAGGAAAAACUGUACGUCUACGAGCAGUCCUCGUGAGAUGGAUCAUGUUCAGCAUGUUCACCAUUAAGUCAGAUGGAUCUCUCUUGCUGCGGGAAUUUCUAAGGACUUCGCAAGUGAAACAAGCGGUUCGAGAUGGUCUUUAUUUCGAGUACACAUCGAAAAAGAACCCAUCGUGGUCGCAGAAUGACUAUUUCAAAGCCACGUUUUACUCGUUUUUCACUAUCGUUCAGAUGACGUUCUUCGACCACUGGCUGACGGGAAUCAUCAGGCCAAUGGGAGAGAUUCAGAACACCCUGGCGUUUUUACUGAUGGGCGUGAUCUUGGUGAUUCAGUUCGGGUACUGCUCUUACUGCUUCUUACUUGAGCUCGUCUUGUUAACAAUAAUUCUGUCUGAACUUCUUGAACUUGGUUCUUGAAGACUAAAGUCGUGUACUGACAGUUCACUCAUACCUUAUAAAGUGACUUCUUCAAGUGCACACACUACCUCGUUUACCCACAACAUUCUCUUCCACCAACCCAAACACCCACAGGUUAGUGAACAACAUUUCUGGUCUUUUCGUCGCUUACGUUAUCAAAAACGGAGAGCAGCAGCGCGACCAAAAUCGCUUCGUCAAAGAAGCCAGACGCAAAGCCCAGCUGCAACUCAGUGCCUUCUUAAUUAAGGCUCCUCCCAAAAUCCAUCUUGUUCAAGAGCAUACAACUGCCUGGAGCCGUUUUCAAGGGGGACAGUAGGGUUUUCAAGAGCAUGCUGGAGCCGUUUUCAAGGGGGACAGUAGUGUUUUCAAGAGCAUACUGGAGCCGUUUUCGUUGUUCCAGGAUGCACUUUAGGAUCAUGUACUUCUUAGGUCUAACUUAAACUUAGGGAAGGAUAUUAAUGAUAAGGUCUAACUUUAGGUCUACUAACUUAGGGAACAAGGAUAUUAAUGAUAAGGUCUAACUUAAGAAUGCGAGAACUUCUAGACGAACACGCUCAGCCCUGUCCCUACGUGAGGCGUCGUCAAAUGCGUCGUUUCAGAUUUCGAAAGUCCACUGCGCCAGACUUCAACAUAGAGGCUAGAGGCGCGCAUGGUUCUGCGAUGCUCUUCACCAAAGAUUAAGGCGUCAUUGAUCUCCGAUGAAUUCGUCUCCUCUAUACUAGGUGGCAUGAUUAUCCUUCAACAACAGUAUGCAGCCUCCCAAUAGUACUUACAUGGGAGAGUUUGAGAUUUACUGGCGCAUAAGUAGAUACUUCGCGGGAUUUCCAGAGAGAGAUAUAAUUUCCAAAGAAAGGGAUUAUAUGAAUUAUAUGAAAGACAAAAGUGCACUCACAGCACUCAAAAAAAGUGGCUACUUAAAUCCUAGCCAAUUUCUUGAGUGAGAGUGCACUUUUUCGUUUCAUAAAUUUGGGAUAUGAAGAAUUAGUCUAAAAAUAGGACCUAGAGGACGUGAUGCGGCCUCCAGAACCGCCACUGUUGCUAGAUGCAUUAGGGAAGCCGCUGCCGGAUAAUUUGCAACCAAAGGAUCCCGAGUACCUUGAACAUUACUUCUGUGUUGAAGAUAGUAGAAUAUUACAACUUAUUUAGCGACAGGAAAAAGUACUACAACUGCUUCUAGUACUUCUUUCUUCACCACCUAUUAAUAGUAGGCAACCACCACAUGUAGUACAACUGCUUCUAGUACUACUUUCCGCACCUCCUACAGAAAUUGAAAUAAUAGUAGUACAUGUACACGACAACGACUCGUCUCUCCACCAAAUCCAAAAACAGAAUGACCUGGAAGGAGUGCCAAAGAGCUUUGGGAAUACGAGCUGACGAGGUGUUGGAGGCCUAUGAUAUCAUUCACCAAGCGGACAUCGACACCCAUGGUUUCGGAGUAACAACGGAUGCAUUCUUAGGAGCCCUUUUGGUUUUCGCCGGAGACCUGAAAGCGCGUGAUGUGCACACUUUGUGUUGCACUGCGAGAGCAUGUAAGUCGUUGUUGGAGUUUUUUGUUGGAGUUUCAGUUUGAGUUUUCUAUUCAGAGUUGGUUCAUUUUGAAAAGAAACUAUUCUUACUGCAGUGAGUUCUGGGAUGAAGAUCAUAAGCAUGAACAUCAUCUACAGUUCUAGGAUCAUAACAUGAAGACGUCUGAUAAAAAACAAGUACUAGGACAGUAAGAAUUUUUCACCCACAAAUAAAUCAUGUGAUCAUGAACCUCACCAACUCUUCAGGCAUCGGCAAACUCGACAAACUGGGAGAAUCUUUCAAGGAAGCGAACUCUGGUUGUUCCCUAAUCGAGAUCACGACUGAACGGGUUCACCAGCUUCUGUUCGAUAUGUAUGAGUGUCGUGGAGCGCCUGCACCCGGGGCCAAAGGAACUGCGCCAGUGCGAUAUCGCAACUAUCCGAAACCUCUACCGGACAUAGUGGAAGAUCCAAGAGCGAUUUCCAGUGGUGUACGUGUUCUGGAUGCAGAGAUUGCGAUGAAAAUUAUGUCUUUGAAGAUCUUGAUUCUUGUGGAUUUCGAAUUGUCCUUCACUGAAUAAAGCGGAUAAUGAAGAUGCUUAAUGUUGAAGACCAUUUUUUGAGGUGCAUUGAUGAUGAAAGCGGAGCAAAAUUGCGUAGUACUCAAAAUCAGGCGUGGUGGUAUCAAACAUGAAAGAAUCUUUCCUCAACCUCGGUCUUCCUUGUGGUCCAUCAAGGACCCGAAGAACACUAGAAGAACACUAGAAGAUCUAGAACACUAGAAGAUCUAGAGAGAACAACAAAUAACUUUCUCAUCUCCCCUUCUCUCCAACCGGCCCCCUCUAACCCUUAAAGAAAAGAGGAGGCGAUGCUGGCAGAGGAGGCGGAGAAGCUAGGAAAAUCCACAUGGCACUUCGGGAUGCCAAAAGGCCACGACUACGAUGCCUACUAUCCGGAGAGAUUCAAAGGAAGACAAGAAGACGACUCCAGUAGCUCUGAUGAAGAGUGAAGUGGAAGACCUUUCUCCUCUUCUUGAACAAAAAAACAUAGACUACGACGUACAGCUUCCUCCUUUAUAUAUAUGAUAAUAGACUUACUUAGAAGGACUAGAUGUUGUAGAACUAGAUAGACUAGAAGCAAAACAAGAAAGAAAUCGAAUUGAAAAAUCAUAGUGUACAGGGAUCAUGAACAUGUUGAAAUAAUAAAAACUUACCUACCUACAAGUUACUUAGUACGGCCUACAUUCUUGUUACAUCAUUAUUUCCAUACUCAUACAAUGCAUUGUUCUGCAAACAACAAGAUAAUACAGCAUGGUUUAAUCCAACAAACAGCAAAAGUAUGCACGAUCAUUCGCUCUGCAAGAGCAAGCAAUUAGUCAGUAUCACAUCCAGGUCCAGUACCAAAUGAAACUAACAUCUAAUGUCAUCUAGUCUAACAUUCAUUGCUCUACGGGAGCAGCACUUUCUCGGCUUUAUAAUUCUUGAACAACUCCCCACAGAUUGCAGGAAUAUGCAUAUAGUCUAAAAAUCUAGUAGACGACGUUGAGAAUCACAGCAGACAUAUACAUAGGGACACUGACACUCAUGCACCCAUCACGAGGAUUUUAAUUCAAAUCAGCAGGAACUACACAUGAUAUAAUACGAAACGUAAACAGGAUAAGCCGUAAACGCAGAACUCGAUAUAGUUUCUCUCACGCAUCAUUCCCAUAUUAAUUCUAAGAAAAAAGAAAAACGUAAAAUCCUCUGUAUUCUUGCACAGCUUACAUCGCACGCUCCUUAAUGAACUGGUAGUUAUAUUCGUGAUCUUGCAAGAGCAAGACCUAGACCAAGACGAGCAAGACAAACGGAAAUAGAAACUCCCUCCCCCUGCAUGCAACAGCGAGUGAGACAGAAAAUUGAAAAUAAGAACAACUCACUUUGAGUAAACCAGUAUGUAAGAAAAAGAAUGUCGAGUAGUACUCCUCGAAUGAUAAUUCAGUGAUGCAGUCCUCGAUCUAGAACUUGGUACCAAGAAGUAUGCAGUUUUAUACGGACGACAACAAGACAGGUAAGGUACAAAAACCCUACAUCCGGUAACAAAAGAAAGCUACAAUGUACAUUUCUAGGACGAUGAACACCUACAAGGUAGACGGGCAUGGCAAGAAUGCGCACAUCGGUGUGCUCAGAUGUGAAGUUGUUUGGGCGGUCAUCACCACCAGAAGAAAGUUUGCCUUCUGCCUCACAUUACUUACACUCAGGAGACCUGGCUCUGAGAAACAAAAAGUACCCAAAAACGACUAGCUAGCGCAAUCACCAGCCCUAUUAAUCCAGGUCGUUGUCGAAGUAAUGAUGAAAAUGGAGAAAGUUUCAUGACUUGUGUUUCUAGAACGUUUCGUCGGCGGAAAAACUUCAGUAGAGUCUACUAAUGGCGAACAAUGGCGACAACGCGACGCAUCUACGCGCCCGCUGGAGUCAGGCCACUGCCUUCCACUUUGCUCGCGCUGUCCAAC